UCGAAUAGAGGAUUCUGCAGAGGCUUGUCAGCGCUCUUUUGUUCAGUAGCGCUUUGCUGCAAGGGAAGUGAGCGUCGCUGUUCUCGCGUCUUCGCUCUCUGUCCGUUGCAUGAGAAGAUCCUAAGAUUCAUACCCCUCUCUCCUGCCAAGAGAGAUUUCACAUAUUUAAAUUAAUUUGAUGGUGUACUAAACGUUACUUUUUACUCUUAAAUUAAUUUAGUUUUUUGCGGAAGAAACUGCUGUCUCGCAAUCAACUCGUCCUCAGAUGGUUCAGAUUACCAGCGGGCAGUAACGGUACACCUGCACUGAACAAGAACAACCGUUUACUAAGACCGCUCCAAAUUCCUGAAGACUUCGCUGACGUCGACGCGGCUUAGGCUACCUUAGCCCCAAAGGCCCAGGAUGUGGGGAGCAGGCUGUGUGUCUGGACUGCAGGUUCUGCUUGCUCUCUUCCUGUUCCACUUGCUGGGUCAUGGCUUGAGCAGGGCAGAGACGCUGGUGAACAUGCGCAAAGUUACCCAUCAGGCCGUGCGGGAGCAGCUGGCCGCCACCGCCUUCCUGCCCUGCGUCUUCACCCUGCGCCCCAGCCCGUCGCACGAGCCGCCCCGCAUCAAGUGGACCAAGGUGUGGGGGCAGAGGGGCCCGGGCGGGACCCAGCGAGAGCAGUCCGUGCUCGUCGCCAAGGACAACGUGGUUAAGGUGAAAAAGGCCUUCCAGGGCCGCGUGACCCUGCCCGGUUACCAGGACAACCGCUACAACGCCACCCUGGCGCUGACGGGCCUGCGUUCCAGCGACACCGGAAUGUACCGCUGCGAGGUGGUGGUGGGCCUAAACGACGAGCAGGACACUGUGCCGCUGGAGGUGACAGGUGUGGUGUUCCACUACCGCGCUCCGCACGACCGCUACGCGCUUUCCUUCGCCGACGCCCGGCGCGUCUGCCUGGAGAACUCCGCCCACAUCGCCACGCCCGCCCAGCUUCAGGCCACGUUUGACGACGGCUACGACAACUGCGACGCUGGAUGGCUCUCUGACCAGACAGUCAGGUACCCAAUCCAGUUGCCAAGGCCUGGUUGCUAUGGAGACAGAGAGGACUCACCUGGUGUGAGGAACUACGGCAACAGGGCCCCCGACGAGCUGUUUGAUGUCUACUGCUUUGCACAGAAACUGCAAGGCGAGGUGUUCCACUCCACGUUGCCGGAGAAGCUGAGCCUGGCCUCAGCCUCCACCCACUGCCACUCCCUGGGAGGCCAGCUGUCCACGGUGGGGCAGCUGUACCUGGCCUGGCAAGCCGGGCUGGACCAAUGCGACCCGGGCUGGCUGGCCGACGGCAGCGUGCGCUACCCAAUCAACCAGCCCCGACGGAACUGCGGCGGGGACGAGCCGGGCGUCCGCACGCUCUACCACAACCCCAACCGCACCGGCUUCCCUGACACCACCGCCCUCUUCGACGCCUACUGUUUUAGAGGGAACGAGGCAGGAAGUCAGGUGAUGGAAGCCGUAGGGUUCCUGCAGUCCGGGGGCUCUGGGUCCAACAGCACAGAUGCCGGGCCGAUCCCGGGCCUCGAUUCCAGCGACGCCUCAAAGCGGCCCGCCCCCCAGCCGUCCACCUGGACCGGCCUGGUGGACCUGGAGAAGGAAGGGAUCAACUCCAUCGUGGGCAUCGAGUCCUCGGAGAUCUCGGAGGAGCACGUGGUGAUCCACCUCAGGCCCGCCGAGGCGUCCGUGCGCUGGGCCGAGCCGCGGAGACCGGCCUACGGCGGGCUCCAGGAGGCCGCCGCCCCCAAACUCGCCACCCUCAUGAGCCUCUCGUCUCUGGAGAACCUGGAGAACCAGGGGGGCUCCGCCAGAGAGGAGGAGGCAGACGAGGAUCAGGACGUGGACGGACGUACGGAGCCUUCCUCCCCUCUGCGUUCCGCUGCCUCCUCUCCCGCCCCGCAGCCUCAGACCAGCAACGGCAUCUUCUCCAACUUCGUCAACUCCAUCAUGAGGCCCUGGAGAUACCUGACCGGCUCCGAGGCGGAGGUCCCCGCUGCACCGACCGGCCCGCCCAGGAAGAGCUCGGUGGAGAUGCAGAAACCUGCGGGGUCGGGAAAGGGAAUUCCAGGUGGAGGAAAGAUGGAGGGGAGCAACAGGAGCACCAAUAAUGACAUCAUGGAGCACUUUGAUGCAAAGGCUCCACUCAGGUCAUCGGGUGGUGGCCCCCCAGGUCCAAAUCAGGAACUCCCAGAGCGAGUGAGGAAGAUCUUUCAGGAAACAAGGAGCAGCAAUGCUACAAAGGCCAGCGUGAUGGAUCCCAAUGGACAUCCAACCAACUCACCUGCGUCGCUUAAUACAGUCUCUUCAGGCGGAUUAAUUGCGUCGGGACGUACAGAGAUGGCGAAUCCGACCGUAGCUGGUAAUGAAUCAUCAGGUUCCUCGGGUGCCAGGAUUGUGCCAGUUUCACCCCCGGCGCCAGGCAGCCAGGACGAAUGGGCGCUGGGGCCCGUGAAGGGGCCCGAGCUCGGUUCGGGCCGUACCGCGGGAGAGCGCGCGGCCGCCUCGCGGGGCGCGCAGGGGAGCGAGCCCGGGGCAGGGGCCGGCGGCGCGAGCGGCGGCUCCCGGGCCUCCUACCCCCCGCUGGACGGCGCGGCGGACACGUCGGGAGAACCGCCGGCCCUCAUGGAGGAGCUCUCUGCGCGCGGCGGCCCAGCGCCGGGCCGCCCCAAGGCCGCGGAGGCCAAGGCCGGCGCCGUGGAGCUCCUGCUGGUGCCGGAGAACUACUCCGGGGAGGGGAGGGACCAAGAGGAGGGCCGCAGCUACCCGCCCCCCAAAGGGUCCCCUUCGGACGGGCCGUCCGAAAGGUCGCCCCCGGAGGCGGAGAAAGAGGCGGAGGGCAGCGGGGGGCGGGACCCUCUGGGCAGACUGAGCUCUGGCGCUCGGGGUGGCGGCUCGGCCUUCUCCUCAAAAGAUCCCGUCGGCGUCAGACCCGCGGCCGACCGCGCGCCGGAGCAGCUCCACACUGUCAGGCAGUGGCAGCUGGAGGACCGGCCCACCGCGCCGCCAGGCGGGGGCGCUGUCCUGGCGCAGUCAGGGCGAAACGCCGUCGAGGCCAGAGGCCAAAUCCUCUACGCCCGCCGCCCCGCUGGCAAACUGGGCCAGGACCGGUACCUGGCACCCGUAGCUGGCACCCGCCAACCAGAUGUGGGCACCACACCCAGCGCGUGGCUCAACUCAGGGGCAGCCCUUCCUAUAGAGCCGCUGUCCACCGCCCAAACCUCGACGGCGGACUCGGCGAAGGAAGGGGAGUCUGUGAGGAAGAGUCCGGUCCAGCCGGCCGGUCUUCCUUCAGACAACGACAUCGAGUCCACCGAGGAGUGCGCCAUUUCCAUCUCCUGGCUGCCCGUAGAGAGAGCCGGGCCCCCGGGCACGGUCGAGCCAGCGCAGUACGGCUCGGACGCGUCCCUGACGCGCGGGGGAUCCCAGGCCAGCUCCGUCUCAGCACGCCCGACGCUGCAGGCCUCGGGCCCUGGGGAAGCAGCGCAAGGGGGCGGGUCUAGAUCGACCGUGCCCCAGUCCUCCAGUGUCCCAGGGGGCCGAGGCACCGGGAGCAAUGGCACCCUCAACUCUGGAGCGGAGGACAACCCCUGCCACACCAACCCCUGUCUGCACGGAGGGAGCUGUCUGCAGGAGGGGAGGGGCUACAGCUGCUACUGCCCACCGGGGUACUCCGGGGAGAGCUGCGAGAUCGACAUCGACGACUGCCAGUCGAAUCCGUGUCAAAAUGGAGGAACCUGCAUCGACGAGAUAGACUCCUUCGUCUGCUUGUGCCUGCCAAGCUACGGUGGGGCGACAUGUGAGAAAGACACAGAGGGCUGUGAGCACAACUGGAGGAAGUUCCACGGGCACUGCUACAGGUUCUUCACCCACCGGCACACCUGGGAGGACGCGGAGAAGGACUGCCGCGAGCAGAGCGGCCACCUGGCCAGCAUCCACUCGCCCGAGGAGCAGGACUUCAUCAACGGUCUGAGCCACGAGAACACCUGGAUUGGGCUGAAUGACCGCACAGUGGAGGAGGAUUUCCAGUGGACUGACAACAUGGCACAGCAAUACGAGAACUGGCGGGAGAACCAGCCGGACAACUUCUUUGCGGGCGGCGAGGACUGCGUGGUGAUGAUCGCGCGCGAGAAGGGCAAGUGGAACGACGUGCCCUGCAACUACAACCUGCCCUACAUCUGCAAGAAGGGCACAGUGUUGUGUGGGACGCCCCCCUCUGUGGACAACGCUUUCCUGAUUGGCCGGAAGAGGUCCCACUAUGACAUCCACUCUGUGGUGCGCUACCAGUGCGCCGACGGGUUCCUCCAGCGCCACGUGCCCACGGCCAGGUGCCGCGCCAACGGGAAGUGGGACCGCCCCAAGAUCAUCUGCACAAAGAGCCGGAGAUCUCACCGUUACCGCCGCCAUCACCACAAGGCCCGGCGGGAGCGCAGGAAGCACAAGAAGCACGGAGCGGGAGGCCACCGGGGCGGAGACCAGGAGCACGGCCACUUCUGAACCAAAAAUGCCCUCGCCGCCCACACCCCACCUCCACCCCUCCCCACCCAGCCCCGACCCACCCCCUCUCCUGCUCCCAGCCCCGACCCACCCCCUCUCCUGCUCCCAGCCCCUCAUCCUGGCUCCGGGGAGUCAGGCCGAAUCAUACUCAAACCUGAGGCUUGGGAGAGCACCGCUAGGCCUCACAGGGACAAUAACAAACACUUUAUACACCCCCCCUCCUCCUUCAUUCCGUCUGUCACAACUCCUUUUGCUAAUUCAGCUCAGACCAGGGCUGCCCAGUCCCGUUCCUGGAGAUCUAUUGUCCUGUAGGUUUUUACUCAAACCCUAACAAAGCACACCUCAUUCACCAGCAAGACAUCUUCUGGAGCUGCUAAUUAGUAGAAUUAGAUGUGGCAAAUUAGGGUUGAAAUGAAAGCCUGUGGGACUGUGGAUCUCCAGUAACAGGAUUUGGCAGCCCCGGCCUAGACCCUGGUUUACAGACCUGUUUCUCCUUUACUUAUUGUUCAGCUUGUUCUGUUUCAUUUUGGGUUUUUGUUUUUCUUAAUUGUUGAGGGUUGGAUUUAGUAAAACUAACUGUAAAUAUCCCUGUUCGUUAAUGCCGUGAACAAAUCAGAGUGAUUGGGAAAUACAUGGUUUUUCACAUUUUGCAUUGAUGUUUUACAUUAUCAUGUGUUCAUGGACAUUAUUAGCAUUUUCGCGGGUUCAUACACAUGGAUGUAAUCCCUGGCUCGAUUCUUUUUGGUUUGCAGAGAAAGCCAUUUCACUGUUUGUAUCUUUCGUCUCAAAGAUAUUGGAAGUCAUAGUUUUAAUGACUUCCAAAUAGUUUUUUGUUUUUUUGGCUUUGCCAGGAAUUGCUUUCCCAAGAUAUACUGGAGACUGGAUUGGUCUUCAUAUAUAGAUCUGUGGUGGACUGCCCUGCGUGUGCAGCUCUCUCUAGUGGUAGAUCGUUUAAUCCACAGCUGUAAGAUGGAUUUACAGUCUCUCUUGCCUGCAUUUAUCUUUCCAUAGUGUGUUUGUCCUCUGACAGGGCUCUUAUGUGACUUAUGCCCACUGAAGGGAAUUUGUGCUGUCAGCUUCUGUCAGCAAAAGCAACAAAUUCUGGGAAUCGUCACCCUUAUGCAUACCCAUGCACACACACACACACACACACACACACACACACACACACACACACCCGCCACGUCAUUGACAGCCCAACUACAAGCUGUUCCCAGCAGCCUUUGGGAAGAACUCUGCACUCUGCAAAAUUAGCUUUCCGUGCCUCGGAUUGGGUAGAUCGGUGAUGGGGGAAUGAAGUUUGAGCAGUCUCCCGCAGCGUUGCAUCCUGGGAGCAGUGAUCUGCUUGGCAUUCCAGAGGGUAUAGAACUGAAGCUUGGUUUGUUUGAACAGAAUUCUUAGAAGUAAAUAAGCACUGGUAUAGAUUGUGGGGGCAGUGUAGCUUAGCAUAGGUAACUAGCUUCACCCCCCUAGGGACUACAGAUUGAAAUGAACUGUUUGGCCAACUCUGGCAUUCUAUGCAUGGACGCAGUUGUCUGCAUGUUAAUUGGUGUGCACUGUCGCAUCAGCUAAAUGAAAUAAAUUAAUUCAAUUUUCAAAUAAAUGAAUAGGGGUCCUGGAUGGCCUGACCUGGUGGUUCUGGGGGCAGGGGGGGUGGAAGAUGGUCCUCAGAGAUAAAAUCUCAUGGGUUUGCUUAUGGGAACCAGCUGCCUUGUUUUUAAUUUAAGUAUGUCUUUUAGAAAGAGAUUCUACCUGCUGACUACAAGGCCAUGCCAGAUGUUCAGCUGCACCAAGACCAGGGGCUCAUCCCAAUCGCUUAUUUUAUCCGUCCUCUUCUCCUCGGUCCUUGUCUGACCCAGGAGUCGAUGGAGGUCCGCCAUCUUUAAGAACAUUCCAACCCAUUAAAAGAUCCUUGAAGCAACAAGGAGCUAGGAGGCCUCCGGUGGAUGCUUGAGCAAGGAUACAAAAGUAUUUUUUGGAAGGCGUGACAUAUAAAUGAUCGACUUAUGGAUCCACCUCUCCACAUCUGCCAUGUCUGUAACUGACUUGACUUGGCUUGACUGAACAAGGACCUUCCAUUUGCCUAAUACACGUUUCCUCGACUCCUUUGUUCUUGCAUCCUUCCCUUGUGCCCCCCAUUGGUUGGAGCUAAGGAGCAAGAAAUGAACGAGAUGAAAGGAUGAAAGGUGGUAAAAAUAAGUGAUUGGAAUGAGCCCCAGGCUUUUUUUUUUACCCCUCUCGGAAUGUCUUUUUUUAAAGCCAAAGCGUGCCCUUAUCUCUCAGGCUCAAUUCCCUUGACAUUACGUUACCCUGCUCCCUCUGCCUCCUCACCCAUAGCCUUUCUCCACCUGGCUUUAUCCACCUUGCCAAUGACAAAGAGGAGGAAGGUGUGACACAGGCCUGUGCGGUAUCUCUUCAAUUUUUUGUUUUUUUUUGUUCUGUAAGUGUGGCUAAUUAAUAUAGAGGUUAUCGUCACGGUCCCUGCCGCUCACCAGGGCAACAGUGGCUUUACAAUGAUGGGAAAGUGUCCCGGGGUCUGUCAUACCUGUCCCCCUCAGGUGGGAUGCUUUUGAGGCGCCAGAUAGCUGUCGAUCUGACCCCAGCUGCUUAAGAAGCAAACAUGCCAAGGAGGGCAAUGGAGGGUGUCCGAUGCGUUCAGAUUGACAUUUGCAGCCGUGUAAAAUUCAUUGCGAAAGCAGUGAUGUACAGCAGCCAGUGUUUCUCACCCUGCCAAAAGAGGCUAUGUGUGGAAGAGAAUAAGUGCUAUCUGCCAGCAUCUGAGAACAGACAGAGCUGUACAGAAAGUUCUAGAAAAAAACAGCUUCAAAGCUGUGAGGACAAGGCUGAUAGGAGUUAAAGGUCUUGGAAAUGAAUUGCCAGAGUUUGAUUUAGGUGUUUGUUUCUGUAUGUGCACAUACUGUAUUUGGUUGCAAGACUUCAAACUUGUGACAUAGUAUGUGAGGUAGCGUGUUAGCUCGUUAGCUCGUUAGCGGUUCCAUGGUCGUCCCCAGUCCUUGGUGAUGCAGGAGUCUGCUCCAGCGGUGCUCCCUGAAGAGUCGACUCCCCGGCCUGUGCCGCGCGCUGUGAGGACUGGUGUCUGUCUUCGCUGUCCUGAAGGAGCGCGGUCAACGGCAGCCCCUCCGCUCUCCCCUCAUCUGCAGUCUUCUCACGGAGACGCGGAGUCCCGGUAGAGAUCCGUGCCUCGGCUCCCGCCCCUUCCCCCCCAACGGCAGACAGACGGUAAAUGAUUUGGCCGCUAAAUCGUAGGCAUUAAUUAGGGAAAUGAGGAGCCGAGGGGAGGUUGCUCACAGCCACCAGGCAGCGCUCCUGCGAGAGCGGCUUAUAACCCCUCCGAGACUUCCCGCUCCGUUUUAAUUCGAUGGCUCAGUUCGCAUUACCUAAAGCUCGGGGUUCAUUUUUUCCAUCUGUAGAACGCGGGGAGUCAAAAGUAAGUUCAUAAUUAUACACUCCCUGUAUCCUUGAAAAACCGUGGCUGGAUGUAGCAUUGAUUCUCUCACAAUUUCAUCGGUUAAGUUGGAAGUCGAUGCGGCUCAGGGUGAAGUGACUGUAAUUGCGGUGGGGGGACGGAGAGGGUGCACUUAGGCUGAUGUGACGUCCCUCGAAGGUUUCUGCAAACAGAGCCGCGCCGGCUCAGCCAACGUUCCGGAGGGAAAGUCGAUGAGCCAGACUUGAGGAUUUGAGUUUCACCUCCUUUUCCCUCCUCGCCGCGUAAUGGAGGUGAGGGAAGUAGGAGGUAAACAGAAUCAGGAGCCGAGGUGCGGCCUACGCUCUCUGCCCUCUAUUUAAUCAAGCCCCCCUGCAUUAGCUCCACACAUCCAUCAGUGACCGGGAGCGCUGUUUGGUGUGAGCGCUGUUUGGUAUGAGCGCUGUGCACAUUUCCACUGUGUUAUCUGCAUUAGAAAAGCGUCAAGGGGACAUCAGUCUGAGGGGGCCGGCGACAAAGCGAGGGGAUUAACAUGGCGGCCCAGCCAGCCGCCGAGACCUUCCAGCAGCACGGAUUCAUCCUGCUGCUGCUGCUGCUGCUUUUAAUGUUCAGCCUUCUGACCAUAUAGUCUGAGUGUUCAGUGCUGUCCACAGAACACGUGACCUCAUUUGCAUAACGUGCUGAUAAGAGAAUCUUGUCCAUUUUUGGGCACUUAAUGAUCACGUGUCCUCCUCUACCCAUCCCAUGUCAAUUAGUUAUUGGUAGGUAACUAAUGAGCGUACACCGUUUUGGUAGGGAAGUUUUUACUAUUGUCUUUUGUCGUUUUGCUGGGAACAUGGUGCUUUUGUCUCUGGAGGGCAUGGUGCAGUUCUCUCUGUCUCAGGCCCACGCAGACGGUGGUCUGCUCAUUUGUGUCUAGCCCACACAUAGACUGCACAUUCAUUUUAACAGCAAUAUUUUGUCAGUUGGCUGGUAAGAGAAAUUGGCAGCUGGAAUUGAUGAUGCUCGCUCUCUAACGGAAGUUAUGUGUCACAGCAUGUGUUUCUCUUCAGUUGUUCUCUCCAGAGCUUUCUGGGAGGCUUGUAAGGGAAGUUAGUGUUGCUUUUACCGGCUUUAUUUUUGUUGACAGAUACAGAUUUGUACAAGUGUGCUUUAAAUCUGUUGUAAAACAGCCUCACAUAGUGUGUGUGUGUGUGUGUGUGCGCGUGCGUGUGUGUGUCUGUCUGUCUGUCUGACUGUCUGUGUGUUUGUUUGUGUUUGGAGGGAGAUAAUUGGGGAGGGGGUGGUGUGUGUGUGUGUGUGUGUGUAAUUAACAGCAAGAUUUCGCCCUGUUUUAAAUAUGUCAUGUCCAUAGCAGAGAGACCUAAAUCCAUCAAUCAGGCAACUCCUUUGGUGAGUAAUAUGUAUUCAUGACAAUAUGGUGUUAUGCAAUUGGGUGUGCAUCAGUCCAAAUUAAAUAAUUUGUUCAUAUUAUUGUUGUUUAUUCCCCCAAAUAGCCCUGAAAAGACUUUGUCUGGAAUGUAAACAUUUCUAAGCACAUGAUGUCAUGAGCUUGUAUUUAUUUCUCCUGUUUUAUUUGUUAGUUUUAUGUAAUCAUUUGAUUUAUUUUAAGUCCAUUUUUGAUUACUAAAAUAUAGACAACAAAACAAAUACCUUCACCAAUGAAACGCCUUUCAGGGUUUAAACCAGCAUUAGUUCCCGAGACAACUCGACAGUUACCAAACAAAGCCAGGCGUGAGACUUGUAUGGGGAUCUGUAAAGCAUUUCUACUCUCUGUGAUGUAAAUACUCUGUGGGAUUUUUUGAAAUUCUUUGAAAUCUGGUUGUGUUUGUUCCUUAGACUCUAUGGACCACACUCACAUGGCCCUUUCAACUAUGCCCAGAUCACCAGACAGAGAUGUGUCUACGCGAUGCCGUAUUAAAAGGAGACACCCCUAGCGGCUCAUACAGUAAAUUGAUAGAUUAAACUCCUUAUACACUGUUGAAUAAUGUGUGAGCAAGGAAGUCAGAAAAUUGGUAGGAAAGGCCAUGUGAAUGUGAUCUCUAAGUAUUAAUCAGUAUUUAUUGGUGUUCUUAUGAAUUACAGUCCUGUCAUUGUAUCAUAUUAUUUACAAAAGUGAAAAACAAUUCAUCAUUAAAAAAAACAUGAUUGGAUCAAUGACGUCAUUUAA